AUGGGUGUUCAUUAUAUUUGGUCAUCAUUUUCACCAAUUGCAAUGUUUAUUAUGUACAUUGUAAUGUUCUACAAUAUACGUUGUAAACGUCAACUUGCAUCAAAGAUUCAUUAUAAUCAAGAUGACUUGGUAAUAUCAAUGAAACGUAAACUGAAUAUGGCAAGAAAUAAUAUUCAUGAGCGAUCUAUGCUAAUUCAAGCAGCAUUGACAUUUAAGACAUUAACAUUUGAACGAUCAAUUCGUGGAGUUAAGAGAUCAGCAUUUCAAAGAUCAACAUGUCAAAAAAAAGGAUUUUUUUUUCUUAGAAUUUGCUGCAUAUUUUCAACCAGCUAA